CUCUUCCCCCUUUCCCCCGAACCCCCCAAACCGCGGGCACCCCACUCCUCUGCCACCUGCAGAGCUCGGCGCGGACCCCUGCCAGGGGUCCCCCCUCCUCCGGCUCGAUUCAGAGGAGGCCCGAGCUGAUGUACGUUCGGCAUCCAUCACCGUGAAACUGACUAGCAUUGAAAGCUGCAGCCUGACUUAUGAAUGGUUCCUUCAUCAGCUUCAGGCCAAGUUCGAGGCUACUACGUAGACUGGAGAAUGUUGCGUGAUGUGAAGAGAAGGAAAAUGGCCUAUGAAUAUGCAGAUGAGAGGCUACGGAUUAAUUCGCUUAGGAAGAAUACCAUUUUGCCAAAAUACCUCCAGGAAGUGGCUGAUGAAGAAAUUGCUGCCCUUCCCCGGGAUAGCUGUCCUGUUAGAAUCAGAAAUCGGUGUGUUAUGACGUCCCGUCCACGUGGUGUGAAGCGGCGUUGGAGGCUUAGUCGGAUUGUCUUCCGUCACUUAGCUGACCAUGGGCAGAUGUCUGGGGUCCAGCGAGCAAUGUGGUAAACUGCCUUAGCUCCAGAACCUACUGCGCUUGCAGGGAACCAGUUCUGACAAGACAACACUCUUCUAACAGACAAAAACCUAGUUUUAAUAGGAGUCUAGUCUACCUGAUGUCUAGUUAAAUUACUUUUAAAUUUUCAAUGAAGAAACCUGGGUUUCAUUCUGUCAGUGAAUCAUCUUUCCUGUUGGACUAAAUGAAACAUAAGUGUUCCCAAGCAUGAUGCAGAGUAAUAAAAAUAUUUUCUGUGAAAAUA